GCUUCUAGGCUGCUGAAGUCCGCGCCAGGAGGAGGGCUGAGCUGCCCCGCUGAGCGGUGAAGGCGGCCGCCGCACGCAGCAGCAGCAGCAAGCAGCCGCGGUGGGCGUGGAGGUAGAGGGCGUGGUCCCAGCAGAACCGAGCCCAGCCGGUUGGCGAGAAGGGGCUGGAGGCAGUGGGUGCUGUGCGGCUCGCGGCACAGGUCAGUCUCACCCGGAGCUCAUCCUCUCCCAUGGCCGGGUAAGAGGCGCGGCUGCCGCCAGCUGACAGCACCAUCCACCGACCGAGCCGAGGCUCAGCCGUUCCCUGCUGUUGCCCAUCACUUCCAGGAGAGGAGGAAGGCGGGCAGGCGGGACGGACCGGCCAACCAGCCUCACCCAGCAAGAGGUAGAGUGGCUUUCACUCAUGCCAGCUAUCUCCUGCCGGAGCCCGGAGACGGGGGAGAGCUUUUGGCACAACCAAUGCGUGUGUUACGUAUAAAGGAGAAAAAUAGUUGAUUCUGAAGGAGCACGUCAAAGUACCACUAACCUGAACAUUAAAAGAAGAAUGACAGAACGAUCUAUUGGACUCUAAGUUCUAACAUAGUGUUGCGGAAAGAGCUUGAAAUGGCUCAGUAUAAAAACAUUGUCAUUGAUUUUCUUGAGGAAUGGUGUCUGCAGGAACCACCCCUUGGCUGUAAGAAACACCAAAAUGUUAGGAAAAAACUGAGACUAAUACGAAUAACAGGACUCUUCCUGGGUAUUAUGGCCAUUAGCACACUCUCUCUUUCACUUAGUGCCUUUUUCCAGCUGGAACCUUAUAGCACAGAGACAACCAGCAGCCUAGACAGCCAAAAGUCAAAACAUUUGCAUCAAAGAACUCUCUUGGACUUCAAUGAACAGAAUCAAAGUGACGCUUCAGAUUCACCUAUUUCUAUGAAAUAUGAAGCUGGAGAUGAGAACCACACAGAGGAACACAAGGGAGAAUAUCCAGAAGAUCUUUUUUCUCUUGAGGAAAGAAGAAAAGGUGCUGUAAUCCUCCAUAUUCUUGGAAUGAUUUACAUGUUCAUAGCCUUAGCCAUUGUCUGUGAUGAGUUCUUUGUUCCAUCAUUGACAGUCAUCACAGAAAAACUGGAAAUUUCUGAUGAUGUGGCUGGGGCAACGUUCAUGGCUGCUGGUGGCUCAGCCCCAGAACUAUUUACUUCUUUAAUAGGAGUCUUUAUAUCUCAUAGUAAUGUUGGCAUCGGAACAAUAGUUGGAUCUGCAGUAUUCAAUAUUCUGUUUGUUAUUGGGAUGUGUGCUUUAUUUUCUAAAGAGAUUUUGCACCUCACUUGGUGGCCGCUCUUUCGGGAUGUAUCUUUUUACAUCAUGGACUUGAUAUUGCUGAUCAUUUUCUUUUUGGAUAACUUCAUUAUGUGGUGGGAAAGCUUAACACUACUGUGUGCUUAUAUGGUAUACGUGACUUUCAUGAAAUUCAAUGUGCAAGUAGAAGAAUUGGUGAAAAGCAUUUUAAACAAGAACAAAGUGGAGAAAGUAUCACCAGAACCUGAAGCAAAGCCUGCAGAGAAGGAUGACCAGACAUUGAUGACUAAGCCUCGUCUCCAGCGUGGUGGGAGUUCUGCAUCUCUGCACAACAGCGUAAUGAGGAGCAGCAUUUUCCACCUUAUGAUUCACACCCUUGACCCACUUGCUGAAGAACUUGGAUCAUAUGGAAAGCUAAAAUAUAAUGACACAAUGACUGAGGAAGGGAAGUUCAAAGAAAGGGCAUCAAUUCUUCACAAGAUGGCCAAAAAGUGUCAGGUGGAGGAUGGUGAAAAACGGAAUGGAACUGUUAAUCAUGCUGAAAAAAUUGAAGUUGAAGUGACACCACCAAAUGAUGGACCAGUGCAAAAUGGAAAUGCCCAUGGCGCAGAGGAGGAAGAGGAGGAUGAAGAACAGCCACUCAGCCUGGCCUGGCCCGAUACCCCACGCAAGCAGCUCAUCUACUUGGCUGUUCUUCCCAUUGUUUUUCCAUUAUGGGCUACCUUGCCUGAUGUCAGAAAUCCAUCAUCAAAGAAGUUUUUCCCGCUGACAUUUUUUGGAUCAAUUUCUUGGAUAGCAGUAUUUUCUUAUUUAAUGGUCUGGUGGGCCCAUCAGGUUGGUGAGACUAUUGGCAUCAGUGAGGAAAUCAUGGGUUUGACCAUCUUAGCUGCUGGCACUUCUAUCCCUGAUCUAAUUACCAGUGUUAUUGUGGCACGGAAAGGGCUGGGGGAUAUGGCAGUGUCCAGCUCUGUGGGAAGCAACAUCUUUGACAUCACUGUUGGUCUUCCUCUCCCAUGGCUUCUCUUUGCAACAAUUAACCAGUUCACUCCAGUGGCGGUAAGCAGCAAUGGGCUAUUCUGUGCUAUUGUCCUCCUCUUCAUCAUGCUGCUCUUUGUUAUUCUCUCUAUUGCAUGCUGCAAAUGGAAGAUGAACAAGUUUCUGGGAUUCACCAUGUUUGGGCUUUACUUUGUGUUCCUGAUUGUCAGCGUCCUUCUGGAAGACAGGAUUAUCAUGUGCCCCGUGUCCAUCUAAGAGAAAAUGGAUGCUGUUUCUUGAACAGCAUCAAAGAAACCAAGCCCAGACCCAGAAACAAACAAGAACAGAGAAACACUCUUGCAAUACAAAAUAAGUAGUGUUUUUAGAACCCUUUGAAUUAAAGAGGGGGAGAAGAAUGUCUGGAAUCAGCAGUGGACACGUUCAGCUGGUAACAUUCAUUGCUGCUGAGCAAUUCUGUGUGCAAAGUGAAACCAGCUACUUCAGAACAUGCUCCUUGGAAGGUUCGACUCCUUACUGGAUGGAGGCAUUGUGCACAUGUAUAACAUGGUGUAUAUUGUAUAACAAUGUUAAGGUAUUAUAUAUGCUACACAUAGGAUCUGUUUCCAUGUACCUUUCUCUCUACAUAUAUUAGUGUAUACAUGCCACACAAAGAGAGAGCAAUGCACACACACACAUAUUUACAAAUAAAUACAGGGAAAUGCUAAUAUCCGUCUUUGGGAGGCACAAAUCUCCAAGUUGGAUUUUAUCUGUUCAUGUAACCCAAUGGAAGGCAUUAUCCAAGAGUUUUUCCAUGAAUUAAAUGCCAGAUGAGAAAAGACCUUUGGUGGAUUACAUGCUGUUCAGUUGCAGCUUGCACAUGCUGUGGAUGCCUCAGCCACAGAUGCGCGUUUUUAGAAUGGAGCAUUACUAAUUGUGUUCAUCUACCAAAACGUGAGAAACAGAACAAGUGAGGUGAUCACCUUUAUAGGACUAAAGUUUUUCAAAAAUAUUUUGCUUGGAUUAUUCACAUUCUGUAUUUUCAAGACUUAGGCCCUGUUCAUAGAGAUGCAUGUUCAUCUCUGUAUUAGUGCAACAUCAAGUGAUUAUAUAUGCAUGUGUGAAAGAGCCAUCACAGGCCAAACGCCUCAGACGAGGUUUCAUAUUACCUUGUAUACCAUACUUUUUAUGGAGGUAGUUUGCACAUUCAGCUGUGAAUAAUCACAGCAAAUAUGAAAGUGAACGUCUAUGCAUUUGUGAAUCACAUUCAAGUGAUGAGUGAUACACAUGCAUGUGUGAACCAGCCCUUCCUCCAGUAAAGGUGUGCCUCACAGGUUCUAGCUUUCUAGGAGGUUCACUGCAUUUUUACUACUGUCCAUCAUUGAUAAGAGCAUACUAUGUAUAGAAUGACUGUAUCUAAGAAGGACAUCUGAAAGUGAUAAGUAAAACCCACACUAAGGAUUUGGAGUUUCUGCUAUCAUCUCCUCAGCAUUUAAAUAGAAAAUGCAACUACUCUCUUUUUACUAGGGCAGCAUUACUGUAAAGAUAGGAAGGUCAUUUCAAAUGCUGUUUUCAUUGGUAUAUUUGCCUUGUCUUAUGAAAAAGAAAUGGGUUUCUAUGUAGCUUUUAAAACAAAAUUUCAAAACUGUUGCAUGAUGGAGACAUAAACAUAGAAGUGGAUCUGUUUCAUAGGUGAUUACCUUUUGUUAUCUGCACUGCAAAGUUUCCUCACUAUCUCAUAUUUCGUCUGUUAAACUUUUGAAGAUAUAUGGGAAAGUAAAGUGGAAUUAGUGGUUUGAAACCCAAGCUGGAAUUUUCUAAAGUUGCUGAGAAAUGUAUUGUGUAGAUCUAAUUGGCCAAUACACAAGUAAAACUCCCUCCUGCUGCUACAGAAGGCCCAAUAAGAGGGACAGAUCUAAUAUCAAAGGAGAAGCAUCGAGCGAAGUUUCAUAUUUGCUCAAACUCAGCUGACUAAAAAACUGACUUUCUUUUACAAUAAGCAGCACUUAUCUAAUUUGCAUCUCCAAUCUUGUUAGAACUCAUGCAGUGUCAUUAUGCAUUAUUAGUGACUCAUUAUGCAUUACUGAAUUGUUGAUAUAGUAAGUCACCCAUGCACAAUGGAAAUUUGAUACCUGGGACUGUAUAACAGAACUUCUAAUGUUUUUGUGCUUUCCAAUUUGCCUCACACUUUUGCUUUCAUUCUAUACAGUACUUCUUAUUCUCUGUUGUACUCCAUAUAUGUAUAUAUCUGUACAUAGCUAUAUCUGUACAAAGGUAUACCCAGGUAAAUCACAGAAAGCAAGCCUAGGUGAAACAAAGCAUGUACAGGAAAACCUCAGUAUUUGCGAGGGUUCCAUUCUCAGCUAUUGCUGCGGAUACUGAAACCACGAAUACUGAGGCAUUGGGGCAAUGCAAAAUGGGAAGUUAGGUUCCGAAGGGGCAAACAAUAGCCAAAAAUCAUGAAAUACAGUCAGGGAAAGUGCUCUACCAUGCUCCACAGGUCCAGCAAUGCCCCUCAAGAGACUCAAUUAUGCCUUCUUCUUCUUUUUUGCUUUGAAAUCAUGGUUUUUAUUUCUUUUUUCCUUGGGAAAGAAGCCACAAAAUGGCUUCCACACACAAAAUGACAUCAGAGGUCAUUUCCAGCCACCCUCGAUCUGUGGAUAAGUGGAUUUAACCCUUCCCCCCCCACACAUAUACUGAGGUUGGGUGCCAUUCACCCAACCGCGGAUAUGUGAAACUGCGGAUGCCAGAUACACAAGUAAGAGCCUCCUAUAUUAAAACAAAAAUUGUGGAAAUGAAAUAAUGAACAAAAGCGAGGAAAUUAUAUAUAUUUUUAAAAGUUGUGGCAAUCUGUCUGCUACUUGAGGCUUUUUUAAUUGUAGAGUUCGGAAAAGAAUCAUUUAAAAGCCUUUGCUCUUAGAUUUCUCCUGUAAUAUCCAUUACUGUUAGGAGGUGAUGCAAUUUUGAAGACAUGCUAAUUUGUUCUGUGGCCCCCAAAAUUGUACCUGAGCAUAUGGAGGCCAGGAGUGGACCUGGGCUUCACAUGGCUCCUUCCUCCUGUUCAUUCAGCCUGGGGUUUACUUGGACCACUAAAUUCCACAGCAUUUAUUUCCAUGUAAGUGUGCAUAGCAUUGCAGCCUGAAUGGUAUCCGUACAUUCUGUUAAACGAUGCAGGCUAGGCUUCCAUUAACUUGUGUGACUAAUUUUGGCACCAGAGGGAGCUUUCCAGGGGUGUGUCUCAAACAGCAACCCUUCAUGCCAUGUGGCAAGCCUUUUGAUUAUUGAAAUCAGUUCUGAUUUGUUAAUGCUAGUGGGGUGGGGAUUCAAAGCAAAAAGUGCAAACAUUUCUGUAGGAACUUCCAAGCUCUUUGAGCAUGGGUAAAGCACUUACCGUAUUUUAUGGACUAUAAGACUCACUUUUUUCCUCGAAAAAUAUCCGCCAAAAUUCAGGAGCGUCUUAUAUGUUUUAACAGUUUAAUAUGUUAAAACUCUGAAAAACUGGAUUAAAAUUAAGGUGCGUCUUAUAGUCCGUAGCGUCUUAUAGUCCGUAAAAUACGGUAUUUGAAUCUUCACACACAGUGUAUGUGUGUCUUUUCUAGCUCAUAUUGGUUUUCGGAGCAGAUCAAGGUCAUAACAAGGAGCAUAUUUUUGAAGUCAUUAAAAUAAAUGUUCUGCUUUCUCAUCUAGAGGAAAAAAUGUUAUUCAGACAAAUAAAUGCAUGCUAACAUUUUGGCUCUUGUGCUUCAGAGGUAGGAGAACAGAAGUUUGCACUCUGGCUGCUCUCAAUAAGCUAAGGUAAUUUAGUGUCUUAGGAAAUCUGGUGGUAAAAGCUGAUUAUAGUUCUUAGCUAGACAAUUUCUUACAUAACUUGCUGAGUAAAACUGCUUUUCAAUAGCCCUUCUUUUCCUGCUCAAUAGCCUUACUUCUGAAGAAAUAAAGGACUGGUAUUGGUGAGGGAAGCACAUUCCCUGAUUUGCAACAGCAGCAUGACUGAAAUUGGUGGGCUGACAAAACUUCAUAAAUUGCUUUUAUCCAAUAAUUGUGGUGGCCUUGGCUGCAGAUUCAUCUCUAUAAUGAGUAUAAAAUAUAUGCAUUUUACAUGGCAAAAAACUACUGCAGUUGAUUUUUAAUGGAUCAAAAUUCACAAUAAAAUUGAAGAGGCUUUAGAGAUGAGGUGAUUAAGGGCUAUGGAAUUCAUGUUGUACGAGGAAGGAACAAGGUACCAACUGAAAACUAAAUAGACUAGCUUUGGGGGAAAACACCAUUUGUAGAGACAACUGUACAGGAAGCUGUGGGGUGGGUGGUUCUACAGAACAGAACAGCAACAGUUGGCGAGGACAGAGAACCUUUACAGGAACAAACAGUUCCGGCAAUUGCCAGAGUCUCUAUUUGACAGAUGUGUUUUGCACUAUGUGACAUGCUUUCCAGGGCUUGGUUUCCAUGGCUUCAACAUUUCUAGCAGUUUAGGAAUGUCAAGUGCAAUACUGGGCUAGUAGAAGCCUUGUAGCCAAAUGGUUGGUUGGUUGGUUAGUUCAGGUCAAUAUAUGAAAUUCACUUCCUCCUGCAACUGACAUUCUUCUUUUUGGUCUUUGUUGCCUGCUAAGGGCUGUCAAGUCAAAAUGCUGCAGGGACAGUAAAAGCCCAAAAUGACAGAAUUAUCUUAUUAAGGUCUAUAAUUCGGAUCUAGCAAUCUUGUACCCUGUCCCACAGUCCUUAGCUCUCCAAACUUCCCUUUGCUGUUCACUUCCUGUCAACAGUGCACAACCUUACUGUCUCUAGGCCCUGUUUGCAAUUGUGCCCCAGCUUUUUCCAUGGCUCCUUUCUUAAGUUCUGUGUUUCCACCAGCCAUCAUGACCACAAGCUCCGAAUCGGGAACUCAUUAUGACCACAAGUUCCGUUCAGGACCCUGCCCACUUUUGUCCCACUUGCUGUUAGCUGCCAUAACUUGACCAGUCUUAAAGCACCCCUUUACCACCCCCACACAAAGAUAACAUACAGACCCUCUUAACCUUAAAGAACUGUCACCUCUCCAAACAGCUUUUCUUGCCUCUGUUUCCUGACUCCUUUGCACUUUUCUUCACACCACUGUUUCUCGGAAAAUUUCCUCAUCUACAUCCUUAACAACUUGUCACUUCGCAUCCUUACCUCCCAGGGCCUCUUCUCAGCCCUUAUCCUGCCCUUGUAUGAAUUCCAGACAAACUGACAAUGCUUUGUGUGUAUAUCACAAUAUCCAGGAUUAUGUGUGUGUUGUGAUUCCACAGAAUCAUAACAAAUGUUCAGCAUGUGGAACUGUGAGCAGCAAUUUCAGUUUUUUUAUUUUGGGUUCAUGUUUAAUAUGAUUGCAUGUAUGUUGGCAAUGCCUUCUGAAAUCUCAGAAGCCUAAGGCGUGGUUGGAAUUCCAGUUAUCACUUGUAUGCCUUCAGGACUACCCUGCACAGUUGCUUAAUUCUCCUUGUGACUAGCAAAAGCAGAACAAGUUAUGCAAAUUAGACCUUAUGCAAAUAUGUUCAAUUUACUAGAUUGGGUUUCCUGGUCACAUAAUUUUAUUUAUUUUAUUUUUAAUGCAGAUUACUCACAGCCCUGACAAUAUCUAAUAAUCUGUAACUGAUUAUCAGUUUACAGGACCUCUGGCUGACUUCAACUAAGCCAGGACUUUCCAAAUUAAUUUGACAUUUUAUUGGCCGUUUAAUAUCAGUGAGAUGGAUUAGCCUGAAAAUAAUAUACUUUUGAUAACUUUGUACUCUGAUAUGGCUGAAAGCCUUUAUACAGUAGUUUCAGUAGUUAAUAAACAGAUCAAUAAAAUGGCACUUCUGAUAGAUUAAGCAUGAUUACAUUUCACAUCAGUGCUAUUAUGCAAUGCUGAAGUUCCUGCUAUGGGAAGCAUCAGUAAGAUUGAAGUGGUGUGUAGUUCUUUGAUGGCUUUCUCUGCAGAGACAAGUUUCAGGUUCUUCUGUAGCUGGAAAUAAAUGAGUGCUUCUGCUCCAGCUAGUUUUAAACUGGUGAAAUUCCUAUCAGAACUAUAAAGCGAGUGUAGUUUUUCUCUGUGUGUGCAAGGAAAGCCAUUCAUAUAAUGGACACUUGAAGAAAUGUGCUGAGAAGUGAUGUUGAGUUUGAAAUGGGUAGAUGUUAGGUAUGCAAGUACAAUUUUUUCAUGUACAUACAUACAAUUGUUUCACAGUGGCACAUCAAGUAAAGGGGGUUGAUAUUUUAUUUAAACAUGCGCACUGUGGUUCUGCCUCCAUGAGGCACCCAAGCUAGCUAACAGUAUUAAAAAUCAAUAACAAGCAAGUUUUAAAUAUACAUGUUUAGUUUAAGACAUAGAAUAAAAUAUAUUAAAAUUCAGCAUCCAGAAGAAAGUAAGAUCUUUAGGUCUUUAGUAUAAGACAUAGAAUAAAAAUUUUAUUAUUAAAAUUCAGCAUCCAGAAGAAAACAAGCCCUUUAGCUCUUCUUUUCUUCUGGAUGCUGUAUUUUAAUAAUAAAAAUUUUUAUUCUUAUACUAAACUUUUGUAUUGUAAACUUGCUUAUUACUGAUUUUUAAUACUGUUAACUGGCUUGGGUGCCUCACUGAGGCAGAACCACAGCACAUACAUGUUUAAAUAAAAUAUCAACCCCCUUUACUUGAUGCAUCCCUGUGAAAUAAUUGUAUGUUUGUAUGUACAUGAAAAAAGUUGCAUCAUACAGCAACCCAGCACUAGGUACUAACAUUUAAUGCCAAAGAUGAUAUUGUCAGAGGGCCAAGCACUCAUACUGGAAGACUCUAAAUAACAAUUUUCAGCUUCCCUCCUGCCAAAAAAAAUAUUGAUGUGCCACAUUACGAAGCACAACUUUUUCUCGUUAGACCAAAAAUGAUAUUUCAGUAUUCCAAAGCAAUAUCAAACAGUUUUCCAGUUCCUCAAAAUGUCUUAGCCACUAAGAAACUCCAGUGUAGUUUUAAUUGCUGUUGAAAUAAUAAUUCCCUGUAUCUAGGCAUAAGGGUGGAGCAGUGAAGAUGGCUUGUGAAAAAGAAUGUGUGCCCAAUAAUAUGACUCAGAAUGGAAGCUGCCUUCCAUUGAGUCACAUCAUUGGUCCAUCUAGCCCUGUCCUCUGUCAGAUAGUGGCUCUGAAGGUCUUGGGCAGAGAUCUUUUAUGACCUUGCUACAUAAGAUCCUUCUAGCUGGAGCACAUGGGGAUGCAAAGCCAUAUGGAAAACAUCCACUCUGUCAUACAGACGUACAGCCCCUCCCCAAGCUGCAUGGGGGCAGGGGUCAUGGACAAGUUUGAAUACCACAAAGCUUUGUGCCCAAAUGCUGUCACAGUAGGACAAUUCCAUGCAUUACUGGUGAUCUGGGUGCAUUACUGCACUGACAAGAGUCUGAACUUGCUUCAAUUGCAAAGGAGUCCAGUGCAUAUGGAAUAUUUUAGUUAAAUGAACCUGGUAUCCUUAACCUGAUAUCUAAAGUUGAAAAACUGAUUUAAUCAUAAGACGUGCUUCCACAGUUGAGACAAUAGCUAUGUUACAUAAUCAUUUAUUUGAAUUCUACAUAAUCCAUCUAAGUAAACUAUUUUGGUUAUGUUGUAAUUUGAGUAAACUUGGUUAUGUUUUGUAACUAAAGAAAGUAUUUCUGAUCAAGUUUCUGAACUGACUCCAAUACUGCAGCUAACGUAGGCAUUUUGGACCUUGCAUGACCAAAAUCAACAAGUGAUUGAUUCUAAAUUAUGGUAAUUUUGGAAUUCUUAUUAGGAUUCUUGCAUUUCUUUGAAUGUUAAUGAAGUGUCAUUAUCUUAAUUCAUAAGAUCCUGAAAAAUAAACAAAAUAGCCUCUACUGAGUUCUUACAAAUAUAUGGUUUCUGCUCAUGCAUAAUUCAGAGUUAUUCUCUAUUGGUGCCAGUAAAUGCUUAAAUUGAUCAAAUUCUAGCAAACUUGUUUAUUAGCUUCCUUCUCCACCUGUCAUGGUCUUCAGUCUGUGGGGACCUUGACUCAGCUGCUAUGUGCAGUGAAAAAAGUAAACACAGAAGUGCAAAUCAUAUAUGCUUUCUGUAAUAUGAAGUUUAAUGGCAGGGGGUAAGUUAUUUUAACAUGCCAACUGCCUUGAUGAGCCAGACCAAAUGUUCAUCUAGUUUAGCAGUCCAUUUCCUAUUAUUUCUAUUAAGUUGAAAAACCAGUACCUCCAAAUACUGCAGGUUUAUGGAUUUGUGAAUAAAAAUACUUGCACCUCAAUUGAAAUUUCAAUGAACUUAGUAUCUUGGCCAUGAUCCAGUGGCAGACCACUUCAAAUACAGCCAGGACACUUCCAUUGUCUGCUUGCCCUUGCUGAUCAUGGCAUUCCAUAGCCAACCUGUGGAUACAUAUUUCUCUAGAUCACAGUCCUUGUGUUUUCAUUAUAGAGAGACUGUAAUGUUUUUGUAACAUAAGCCCAACAAUUUAGUUCUUCAAAUUCAGAUUAACAUAUUGAAAGCAACAACUUUUUUUGAAGUUGACUUCAUAAACAAGUAUUGCAAAUGGUUUUUGGGUCACAUUUAGUCAUCAUGGGGCUGAACUGGAAAAUGUGCCUGUUGUUCAAUUGCUGUAUUUCACAAAGUAAUUUUUUCUAGAGUAGAUCUAUUCAAAGUAGUAGAACUGCUCCUGAACAAGUAGCCUGGAUUGCAGCACAGAAGCUUUACAGUGUGAUCCAAACUUACUGGGUCAGUAAACUUUUGCAAGAGUGGACCUGUAUUGUGAAAAUGCUGGCAAAGGGUAUAAAUGACAAUCAGCAAUUAUUUUUUUAAUAGAGUAUUUUUUUAACUCCCAAGAGCAUUCAAAAUCCUUUCCCCCUUGGUUGCUAAUGCGGGGGGAAGAGUAUUUAUUUUAAGCUGCUAAACUUUGCUGAUUUUAAGUAUUUUUAAAAAGAAAAUGAAUAUAUGCAGUCCCCAAAUAUGAAUUUAUUUUUAUGUAUACUUACUGAUAUUUAUUGAAAGAAAAUGGGAUAACUGAAUCAGUAUUUUCUCUGUGAAUAUAAGUUUGUACAUAGUGUGAACGCUUUAUUUGUUUGUACAUAGGUGUCUCGGAAAUAUUAUUUUGAAUGUAUUUCUUCAUUAUAAGUACUGAAUUUUAAUUAAUAUGUUUUGUGCACACUUUUCCACACUAAGGUUACCCUUGUAUUACAGGUAACAUGUCCUUACAAGUCACUCCAUGUAACCUCAAGCUUAUAAGUGUGAAAAUAAAAUGAACAAAUUGAACAAGA